GGUGGUGCCCUGGCACCUUCUAGGCGGGAUGGCGGACCUCGACCCAGAUCCUGAAUCAGAGCCGGAAUUGGUGUUUCCGCGGGAGAUCGGGCUCUUCACCGACUCUUACUCUGAGAAGAGCCGUUUCUGCUACUGCGGGCACGUGCUGAGCAUCACGCAGAACUUUGGGUCCCGCCUCGGGGUGGCAGCGCGCGUGUGGGAUGCGGCUCUGAGCCUGUGCAACUAUUUUGAGACUCAAAAUGUGGAUUUCCGAGGCAAGAAGGUGAUCGAACUGGGCGCGGGGACGGGCAUCGUGGGAAUCUUGGCAGCGCUACAGGGGGGGGAUGUUACCAUCACUGACCUGCCCCUGGCCCUAGAACAGAUCCAGGGCAACGUCCAGGCCAAUGUGCCGGCUGGAGGCCGGGCCCAGGUCCGUGCCUUGUCCUGGGGGAUUGAUCAACAUGUCUUCCCUGGAGACUAUGACGUGGUGCUGGGGGCUGAUAUCGUGUAUCUGGAACCCACCUUCCCACUGCUGCUGGGGACACUCCAACAUCUCUGCGGGCCCCAUGGUACCAUCUAUCUGGCUUCCAAGAUGAGAGAGGAGCAUGCAACAGAGAGUUUCUUUCAGCACCUCCUGCCCCAACAUUUCCAACUGGAGCUGGCCCAGCGGGAUGAGGAGGAGAAUGUCAACAUUUAUAGGGCCAGGCACAGAGAACCAGGACCAGCUUGACGUCGCCUCUUCUGCUCUUAACCUCUUAGCCUCGUGAAGGAACCGCAUAUCUCCAAAGACAUAUUUCAAAGCCAUAAGUGCAAGGACCAAAUAGGAUGGGUUUACCUCCCUCGCCUCUCUCUCCUUCCUCUUUCUCUCUUCAUUCCCCUAGAUACCCUUGGGCAGAUGCAGGAGGUGCCUGCUUGAUCAGUCUUAGCAGCACCCUGUGCUGUAGCACAGGCUGGUCCCUGCUCCUGUUCUCCAAGGAGGAGUCUGGGAGGGUAUUCAGGAUUUUUAGCGGGUAAGAAGGGUAAAUGGGAUGUGAAGGGACCAGCAAAUGGUGUAAUGGUUAUGUCGCUGGACUCCCGUGUAGUCAGCUGUGGUUGGA